UGACAGUCGGGCUCAGCGGCGGCCGCGGGAGCAUCCCCGGGCAGCGCCCGCCGCUCCUGCCCGCGCCCAGCUGCGGCCGCGGUGCCCGGGGCGGCGGGGGCGCUGCCGGCUCCGCGCAGUCUCACCCCGCCUGCCCUCCAGGAUGAGCCCGGAGUAUUCUCUGCGCUCCUUGCUGCUCAUCAUCCUCGCCACCUUCUCGGCCAACGCCAGCAACUGGCUGUACCUGGCGAAGCUGUCUUCAGUGGGGAGCAUCUCCGAGGAGGAGACCUGUGAGAAGCUGAAGGGUUUGAUCCAGCGCCAGGUGCAGAUGUGCAAGAGGAACCUGGAGGUGAUGGACUCGGUGCGGCGCGGAGCCCAGCUGGCCAUCGAGGAGUGCCAGUACCAGUUCCGCAACCGCCGCUGGAACUGCUCCACGCUGGACACCCUGCCUGUCUUCGGCAAGGUGGUGACACAAGGGACGCGGGAGGCAGCGUUCGUCUAUGCCAUCUCCUCGGCAGGGGUGGCCUUCGCCGUGACCCGCGCCUGCAGCAGCGGCGAGCUGGACAAGUGUGGCUGUGACCGCACAGUGCAGGGGGGCAGCCCGCAGGGCUUCCAGUGGUCGGGCUGCUCCGAUAACAUCGCCUACGGCGUGGCCUUCUCGCAGUCCUUCGUCGACAUCCGUGAGAGGAGCAAAGGGGCCUCUUCCAACAGAGCCUUGAUGAACCUCCACAACAACGAGGCAGGGAGGAAGGCAAUCCUGAACAACAUGCGGGUGGAGUGUAAGUGCCACGGUGUGUCGGGCUCCUGCGAGUUCAAGACGUGCUGGAAGGCCAUGCCCCCCUUCCGCAAAGUGGGCAACGUCCUCAAGGAGAAAUUCGACGGAGCCACAGAGGUCGAACAGAGCGAGAUUGGAUCCACCAAAGUGCUGGUGCCCAAAAACUCCCAGUUCAAGCCACACACAGACGAGGACCUCGUCUACCUAGACUCCAGCCCCGACUUCUGUGACCACGACCUCAAGAACGGGGUCCUGGGCACCAGUGGGCGGCAGUGCAACAAGACCUCCAAGGCCAUCGACGGCUGUGAGCUCAUGUGCUGUGGCCGUGGCUUUCACACGGACGAAGUGGAGGUUGUGGAGAGGUGCAGCUGCAAAUUCCACUGGUGCUGCUCCGUCAAGUGCAAACCCUGCCAUCGGGUGGUGGAGAUCCACACGUGCCGGUGAUGCACCCACCUCUCCCCUCUUUAAGUGACCCUGCUUCUCCCUUGCCCCACAGCCAGGACUGAGGAAGUGACCCAGAUGCUGAAGGGAGAGCACAGCUCUUUACAGAGACAGAACCACAGAGAAAAACAGAUUUUAAAGAAAAAAAUAUUUAAAGUUUAAAAAAAAAACCUGAUCACUGUUGGCUUUUUUUUAUUUUGUUUUGUCUCCUUUGCUGUAUUUAUUGCUUGGUGUCCUGUGCCAGCAGACACGUUUGUUCUCUGGCUGUCUGGGGACCUGUGUGAUGCCAGCUCCUGUCGAGUGGGCUCCUGCUGCUUUUGGAGUGCUGCAGACAAGAAGUGUGUAAGGCAAGGGUAGUGCAGCAUUUGAAAUCUU